CACCAUGGAAUAUGAAGUCAAGAAAGGGAAGAAGGGCUUUGUAUCCCCCAUCCGAAGGCUGGUGUUCCCCAAGGCUGGGCGCCGUGCAGCCUGUAGGAGCAGCGUGAGCCGCCGGCCCCUGCACUCGAUGCCCCUUUAUCCCCCUGACUACCUCAUCGACCCCCAGAUUCUGCUGUGUGACUACCUGGAGAAAGAGGUCAAGUUCCUGGGCCACCUUACCUGGGUGACUUCCUCACUGAACCCCUCCAGUCGGGACGAGCUCCUGCAGCUGCUAGACACCGCCAGGCAGCUGAAGGAGCUGCCGCUGAAGACCACGGCGGAGCAGGACAGCAUCCUGAGCCUGUCUGCCCGCUGCCUGCUGCUCACCUGGCGCGACAACGAAGAGCUCAUCCUGCGAAUUCCUACGCACGAGAUCGCCGCCGCCUCCUACCUGCAGGACGACGCGUUGCACCUGCUAGUGCUCAAGACCGGUGCGAGGGCAGGUCUGAGCCCAGGGGCGCGGGCGGCGUGGGGAGCGUGGAAGCCACCCGGCCACACCACCCAGAGGCCAGGGGUGGAGACUGAGACCGGGGGCGGGCCCGAAAGUGUGGAAGCGGAAUGGGCGGGGAACCGCCGCGCUACUUUAAAGCCGGGGGGCGAGGCGGCGGUGGAACGCCAGAGCUGCGAGGCGGGCAGUGGCGGUGGCAGCUGGGAGAGGCGCCAUCCCGGUCCCAACCCGCUCGACCCGCAGGACCCCAGCCCCGACGCCUACUGCAACCUGGUCAUCCUGGCUGUAGCCAACAGGGACGCUGCAGAGGAGUCCUGCGCACUCAUCUGUCAGGUCUUCCAGAUCAUCUAUGGGGACCAGAGUAUUGAGUGUGUGGACCGGGCUGGCUACCACUACACAUCCACGCCCGAACGGCCGUGGCUCUGCAGCCGCAGUGAGAGCUGCCGCACAGAUGGAACGUACGCCUAUGAUGCCGACUUCAGCUGCUGCAGCUCCUUGUGA